CACCGUCUUUUUCCCCUCCAUAGAUUUGAGAACGAAGGUGCGCUUUGUACUCGAGUAGAUACGAUAGCUAACGACAAAGAUCGUGUUACAGAUUCUGUGGUUCAUCCGAAUGCGUUACUGGAGUGGCUGAAGAAACAAGUGGAGCCGUAUGGGGACAUCUUGACAGUGAAUGACAUGUGUCUUUCGUUCAAGAAUGGCAUGGCCCUUUGCUGCAUCAUCCAUCGUUAUCGUCCGAACUUGGUCAAUGUCCGGAAUCUGGACCCGGAGAAUGCAGCUGGCAAUAAUCAGCUGGCGUUUGAUUUGCUUGAGGACGAGAUGGGAAUCCCACCUGUGAUGACUGGAGCCGAAAUGGCGAAGUGUGACGUGCCUGACAAAUUGACUAUGGUUUCCUACUUGUCUCAAGUUUAUGAGUCCUUCCGACGAGAAAUUCCUCACGUUGUUCGUUCGCUGGAGUUGGAGUCGGCGGGUUCAUUAGACAGUAUUCCAGAUACCGCCAGUGGAAAAAGAGUCUCCACUCCUGGACAGCGUCUCAGUCUUCUCAAUAAAAUAUCCCGCUACAGUUCCCAGCAGCAACAUGCCUCAAGAAGUGCGAAGCUUAUUGAUCGCGCGUCAUCAGGGGAAUUGUUCAGUCCUCCUUCAACUUCCCAGCCUACUCUCAAUAGCAGUAAAAAAGCAAGGAAACGUCGAUCAGGAGUUGGAAAGGAUAUUGUCUCGGACCUAAUGUCUCUGGCGACUAGCGUAGCGUCGUUGUUCUGACAUCGUUGGAGUUCCAAAAUUAAUUUUUAUUCCCCAAGUUUAUUCAGUUGCGUUUUCUUCUGAUAUCCGAAAUGGAUCACUCGAGUGAUGUUGAAAAUGAAUGAAACAUAUUGUAUUGUUCUUGUA